AUGAUUUUCUGGGGUGUGGCUGCUUGUUGCCAUCAUAGAGCCUCAGCACUACCCCCACUGGAUUGGCCCCUGCCUAGCCAGUUUGAACAAUUGGAGCUGAGAAUUGAGGUGCAACCCAGAGCCCAUCAUCGUGCCCACUAUGAGACUGAGGGCAGCAGAGGUGCUGUCAAAGCUACACCAGGGGGGCACCCUGUGGUCAAGCUCCUGGGCUACAAUGAGAAGCCACUGACUCUGCAGAUGUUCAUUGGUACGGCAGAUGAACGGAACUUGAGGCCCCAUGCUUUCUACCAAGUUCAUCGCAUCACUGGCAAGAUGGUGGCCACAGCCAGCUAUGAGGCAGUGGUCAGUGGCACCAAGGUGCUAGAGAUGACUCUGCUCCCUGAGAACAACAUGGCAGCCAACAUCGACUGCGCUGGAAUCUUGAAGCUUCGGAACUCGGACAUUGAGCUUCGCAAGGGGGAGACGGACAUUGGUCGCAAGAAUACGAGGGUUCGCCUAGUGUUUCGAGUACACGUGCCACAGGGUGGCGGGAAGGUUGUGUCGGUGCAGGUGGCUUCGGUGCCCAUUGAGUGCUCCCAGCGUUCAGCACAGGAGCUCCCCCAGGUAGAAGCCUAUAACCUGAGCGCUUGUUCUGUUCGAGGGGGUGAGGAACUGGUGUUGUCAGGAGCCAACUUUUUGCCCGACUCCAAGGUGGUCUUCAUUGAGAGAGGCCCUGAUGGAAAGCUGCAGUGGGAGGAGGAGGCCACCGUGAACAGGCUGAAAAGCAAUGAGGUGACGCUGACCCUGGCUGUGCCCGAGUACAGCAAUAAACGGGUGUCCCGACCCGUCCAGGUCUAUUUCUAUGUCUCCAACGGAAGGAGGAAAAGAAGUCCCACGCAGAGCUUCAAGUUCCUGCCCGUGAUCUUCAAAGAGGAGCCAAUUCCAGAUUCAUCACUCCGUGGCUUUCCUUCAGCUCCUGGGCCCCCGUUUGGUACCGACAUGGACUUCUCACCACCCAGACCCCCCUAUUCUUCUUAUCCCCCUGAUGAUCCCUCCUAUGAACCCCCUUAUUUGUCAGAGGGGUUCAACUUUGGGACGCCUCCCCUGUACCCCCAGACAGGCCCUCCUUCCUACAGGCCUGGCCUGAGGCUGUUUCCAGAGCCUAGUGGGAGUCCUGGCUGCCCCCGACCUCCUCCCCCUACUGGCUUUCUUCCUCGCCCUUUCCCUGCUGACCCCUAUGGAGGAGGAGGGGCCCCCUUCUCCAUGGGGCUGCCUUUCCCACCACCAGCUGCCUACCGACCCCCACUGCCAAACUCUCCCCCACCGGAGGGGCCCUUCUCACCCCAGGGUGCCCACCCUGCUGCUGAGGGGUAUGGUGAGGUGGGGUCAGGAUAUGGCACAGGGGAGGGAGCCCCAGAACAGGAGAAAGAGAGGGGCAGCUAUGGCAGUGGCUUCCGAGAGAGCGUCCCCAUCCAGGGCAUCACACUGGAAGAAGUGAGUGAGAUCAUCGGCCGAGACCUGAGUGGCUUCCCUGUGCCCCCUGGAGAAGAGCCUCCUGCCUGAAUUGUUGCUGUGGUGGCGUGCUACACCUGCCCCAAGCUCCACACCUGCCCCAAGCUCCCUCUGCCUGGACCGUGGUGCCUGCCCUAGGCUCCCUCUCGCCCUCUCACUGCUCUUCCUCUUUCCUAGUUCCUUCCCCCCACCCCCAGGUAUAGUUUUGGGGUACGGUCCUCCUCUGGUGCUGCUUCAUUCUGUCUUUGGGUUCUUGUUCCCCAUCUUCUAGCACGGGGUCUCACCCCACCAAAGUGGUGCUAUAUUGGAAGCCCUGGGGGCAAUGAGGACAGGACUUGAUGUGGAGGGAGAGACUGACCUGGGGAGGGAGGGAUGGACAGCCGGAGGGAGGAACAAGCUGAGGUGGGAGAAGGGGCCUGGGAAGAUGCAGGAAGCUUCUGGGGGAUGGUCUUCUUGACUAGAGAGUGAGAUGACUCCAAGGCCUGGGAGAGGGGGCCCCCUGGGCGCUGGCUGACAAGGGCAAUGGGGUGUAUAUAGCUCAUAUGUACAGGAUGUAGUAUACUGGAUGGCGGGAGAGAUUCUGUAUUAAUA